AAGCAUUCCUCCUGUAACUAAACAUGGAAUUCUAGAAACGAAAUAAUAGACUUAACUAUUUAUUCGGUCGCUUAACUAUUUGAAAGAGGGGAGUAAAAUGUUGAUGAUUGGGUAGCAGAUAAACAUGCAAUCGUAACUGUUUCGCUUCUGUUUUCAGAUGCUUCACAAUCUUCGCAUCUACAGAUACUGAAUUCAUUCGAUGGCGCCAAAAUCCUCACGCGCAUUUCGGAGACUGUGAUCCACUCUCCGGAUUUUCCUAUAUUGUUUGAUCGUGCGACCGCGUUCAACGGUGAUGGAGACGCCGAACACCUCCCUGCGUCACCUCCCACUCCCCCCUUCUCACUCUUGACUGAUCUUCACGCAAUUAUCAAUCAAUUCACGUGCAACUUGCCGCACCAAACUGUAGUUGACUAAACACGCUUGUUUUGCCCUAGUCUGAUUAUUUCUGCGAUUUUGUAGAUAUAUUCGGACACUGCAUCAGUUUUGGAUCUGCGUGGAAGCGUAAACUUUGAGCUGGAGAUACCGUUGUCUGUCGGCUGAUUAUGUCAUUUCCAGUGCGUCCAGGAGGCGGGGCUGAAAGGAUGAAUGAGAACAAGCGGUUUCAGUUGGGCACCAUUGGGGCUCUGAGCCUCUCAGUGAUUUCAUCGGUGUCGAUUGUGAUUUGCAAUAAGGCGCUUAUGAGCACUCUACGGUUCAAAUUUGCUACGACUUUGACAAGCUGGCAUUUAUUAGUUACAUUUUGUUCCCUCCACGUGGCACUCUUGAUGAAACUGUUUGAGCACAAGUCUUUUGAUUCAAGAACUGUGAUUGGAUUUGGUAUUCUUAAUGGGAUCUCAAUUGGAUUGCUGAACCUUAGCCUUGGUUUCAAUUCUGUGGGUUUCUAUCAGAUGACAAAGCUUGCCAUCAUCCCUUGCACUGUUCUACUAGAGACGCUUUUCCUGAGCAAAAAGUUUAGUAGGAGCAUUCAGCUUUCUCUAUUCAUCUUACUUUUCGGUGUUGGAGUCGCAACUGUUACUGAUUUGCAACUCAAUGUCCUGGGCUCUAUCCUGUCACUCCUUGCAGUACUCACAACUUGCAUUGCACAAAUUAUGACAAAUACCAUCCAGAAAAAGUUUAAGGUCUCCUCAACGCAGCUGUUGUAUCAAACAUGUCCUUAUCAAGCGAUGACUCUAUUUGUUUCCGGGCCAUUUCUGGACAAGUUUUUGACCAACCAGAAUGUGUUUGCUUUCCAAUAUACUCCGCAAGUGCUGGGAUUCAUUGUUAUGUCCUGCUUGAUAUCAAUUUCUGUUAACUUUAGCACAUUUCUUGUGAUUGGAAAGACAUCGCCUGUCACCUAUCAGGUUCUUGGGCAUCUUAAAACAUGUCUGGUAUUAGCAUUUGGUUAUGUCCUACUUCGUGAUCCAUUUAACUGGAGGAAUAUUCUCGGGAUCCUGAUUGCAAUGAUUGGCAUGGUUCUUUACUCUUAUUACUGCACUCUAGAGUCACAGAGAAAAGCUACGGAAGAUUCGCCCCAACAACUUCAGCCACAGGAAGAUGAAUCAAUUCCCUUAGUACGCUUGGAAAAUGGCAGUGCACGUUACAAAUGAUGUUAAUAUAUCCCUUGAAAGUUAGCUGCAGAGCUUGAAGCAUUUGAACAAAUGAGUAAAAGCUAUAAUCUACAUUUUGGUGCAACUCAAUCAGAUAUGGUUAAGUUGUGACAAUAUAUCUGAUGGGGAGAAAGUUGUUCAGUACAAGUAAUUGAGUGCCUAGACGAAUGACUUUUCCACCUCAUAUAUUCUUUGAAUUUAGUAUACAUAUGAUAUCACGGUGCUAUUUGAUGUAGCAAAAUGCUUAUUAGAUUUUUUUCACGAGGUAGGAUAAAAGUUAGCUUGGUUGAGCUAUAUACAUAAGAAAGCUUUCUAUUUACAAGUGAAUAAUGUGAUAUCUGGAACAUGUUUCAAAAAUUGCCAUCAGAAUUCUUACAAUUUCUAAAAAGGAAGUCCACAGUCAUGAUAUUAUUCUAA